AUGAACAUAUGGAUUGGUGAUGGUGGCGAGCUUGUUUGAUGGUUAGAAGAUAUUGGCUUGCCUCAGUAUCGCGAAGCUUUCGCCGAAGCCCGUGUUGAUGGUUUGGUUCUGAACUGUCUAACCGUAGACGAUCUGCUGCACCUACAAAUCAACAGCGCGCUACAUCACGCAACGUUCUGUCGAAGUAUUCAGGUUCUGCGUCAGAUUGGAUUUAACCUGACCCGUUUAUGCCGGAAAUUUGAACCCAGCGUUCUAAACAAGGCUCCGUGUCCGGCUACGGUCAAGCUUUGGACCCAGCAGUGCGUCAGCGAAUGGCUGAGGUUCAUCGAUUUGGCCGAGUUCGUUCCCAACCUGAUGUGCGCCGGUGUCAACGGUGCUCUCAUGGUGUUGGAGCCGACGUUUACGGCGGAGUCGCUGGCGGCCGUCAUCCAGAUUCCAGAACAGAAGACGCUGCUACGUCGACAUUUGUCGACUCACUUCAGCAACCUGAUAGGCUCCGAUGCCGUCGCUUCAAAGCGGCAGUAUCUUAGCAUUCCCGGCACCGCGCUGAAAAAAGGUUUCUCGUUGACUCGUAAAAAGGCGAAACACGAGAUUUACUUGGAACCCGAUGGGCUGAUAUGUCCCAUGAGUCCUGGACGCAAUUCAAUCAGUAGUUUUUUUGCGACGGAUUUACCCGGCUCUGAUGAAUAUUUCAAGGUAUGUUGCAUGUUGUCAGUCAAAUGAAA